CAGGAAAAACACUCGUGAAGUUUGUGAACGGGGACUCGAGCAGGAGGAGAUGGGCUGAACCGAACCACUUCAGCGAUAAUAAACCGACCGUUUCUGAUAUCAGAGGGAGGGGGAAUGAGUAGUGUGAAGACAGGGGGACAUGCCUUACGUGGACCGGCAGAACCGCAUCUGCGGUUUCCUGGACAUCGAAGAUGUGGAGAACAGCGGCAAGUUCCAGCGGCGCUAUUUUAUUCUGGACACACAGCAGGGUAGCCUGCUCUGGUAUAUGGACAACCCACAGAACCUGCCUGUUGGUGCCAAACACGUGGGUUUCCUCAGUCUCACCUACAUAUCGAAGGUCAGCGAUGCCACCAAACAGAGGCCAAAGGCUGAGUACUGCUUUGUCAUCAAUGCAGGAAUGAGGAAAUACUUUCUGCAGGCUAAUGAUCAGCAGGAUCUUGUGGAAUGGGUCAAUGCUCUCAACAAUGCAACCAAAAUCACAGUUCCCAAGUCCUCUGAUCCAGUUCAUUCUGAGAGUCAGAAGCUGGCUUCAAAUGGCAACAAGAAACAGGUCCCGUACAAGACCGAGAUCAUUGCAGGAGUGGCAGUCGUCACACAGACACAGCAGGAUGGAGAGGUUGGACACAGCGUUGCAGGAGAGAAAUUGGGCAUGAGGAAGCCUCCGAACCAUCUGCCAUAUUUGCACACGAGAGCAGGGCAGGAUCAGACUGUUAUUAAAGCAGGAUACUGUGUUAAACAGGGGGCUCUGAUGAAGAACUGGAAACGAAGAUAUUUUGUUUUGGAGCAGAACUCAAUGAGUUACUUCAAGUCUGAUCUGGAGAAGGAGCCAUUAAGGAUUAUUCUUCUGAAGGAGGUCCAUAAGGUACAGGAGUGCAAACACAGUGAAAUAAUGAUGCGCGACAACCUCUUUGAAGUCGUCACAACCUCCAGAACGUUUUUUGUCCAGGCUGACAGUCCCGAGGAGAUGCACAGCUGGAUUAAGGCUAUUUCAGGAGCCAUUGUGGCUCAGAGGGGCCCGGGCCGGUCUGCAGCCUCUGAGCACAUUGUUGGCGGCUCCUGUUUCUACCGCCAGCACACGGGUUCAGUCAUCCCCUGGACGGCCAGCCCUGCCGUGUCAGGCCACCCAGCACGCCAUGGUCCCGCGAGGCCUGGCAUGGGACAGCGAGCACUUCAUGAGCCUGCUGCCCCUGCCCCGUCCACACGCCCGCCUGUCACUGCAAGAGACCCACCUGUCCAAGUGACUCACGAAUCGCCCUGGCGGAGACGCAGCAGCAUGGGAAUGUGCGAUGCUCCUUUACCCCAACUUGAUCUGGACAACGCAGAUCUUCCUGUCAGUGAGGUCUGACUGUUUUAUGGUAAACUUUUAACUCAGACAGAAAUAUCAAGGUGUGAUAUGACUUCAAAAACAGAUCGGAUUGAAAGAGCUCAUGUUCAUAUUGAUCACGAACACUACAUUAUGAUGAUUCAAACACCAAAGAUUCUUCAAAGUACCUCCCAACCUUUUUUUGGGGUAAAUAUCACCCACUGUGUUGGAGGAAGUGAAGAUUCACAUGGAUCGGGGUUGGAAAGUGUUUUUGAGAUAUGAUUCCCUUUUAAUAUCUGAAAACUCCCCUUUACAUUGGAUCACAGAACAUGCUUUUUUCUGUACAGUUUCCUGUUUUUUAAGGUUUUUCUAUGUGCUCUAAUUGUGACUAAUUGAUCCUGUGGACUAAGCUGGAGUUCAUUUUAACUCUAUUCAUUUGCCUUUCUUUAAUCCACAUACAGUAAAUACAUAUGGGUGACUUCAUGUAGUUGUAAUAUUAUUGUCCGUCUUUUGCUCCGCUAAAUGAGGAAUCAAAUUCACUCGUUAUUUAAUAACUCAGUGUGUUGAAUUAGGUGAAACCAAGUGGAUUGUACAGAUACCGUUUAAUUGGUCCACUUUUCUGUUAUUUUUCUGGCAUCCCGGUAAGACUGUACAUGUCUGACCAGAUGAGUGAGAUGUUGUUGUUGAAUUGUUCCUAUUGUGUUUUGAGUUGUUGGGAUUUGCGCAUGACUACUAUGACAAAAUGCUUUUCAGUGUAUGUUGAUCUUCGCACUGAUUCAUCAUGUUUGCCCUGUCAAAAAAAAAAAGUGCCUAUCUUUUCCUUUCAAAGGUCUGGCAGUUUUAACCCUCAGUUUUGUUUUUGUGUUGUAACCAUUUUAAUCUUGUUUGUUUAUAUUAUUUAUUAUAAGAAAAAGCAAUAAACAAAGUCUGAAUUAA